CCGUGCCGGUUCAAAUUCCGAUCACACAGAAAACUUGUUAUGUACUGAUACUAUGGAUUAUUCAAGCCAGUUCGUGUUCCUUAUACUGUGCUCGAAAUGUGUCGCGGUAAACAUAAAGAGAGUGGAGGUGCCACCUUUAGUAGAAGUGGGGACAGAGUCAGUAGUCCUGGACUGCGAUUUCGGGACAUCCUCAACCCCAGAGGCCGGUCUCGUGAUGAAAUGGUUCUUUAACGGAUCCUCAGGGUUAGUCUACCAGUGGAUACCGCCACUCCGCCCACAAGUCAUAGGCCUCUUGAAAGGAAAAGUUGACAUGAACUUUAGGAUAUCUGAGGAGCCGUUACAAGCUUACCGCGCGAUAAAGAUAUUGAAUCCGACGACGGAUCUCAGCGGGAACUAUACGUGUGUCGUGUCGACGUUCAUGGAGGAAGACCGACAAACGAGGCCAAUGCUAGUAUACAGUUCCGGGAAAAAGUUUCAUUUUUAUCAAGAAAAGAAGUACGUGUUUUUGGUGACUUUAAUAUGCACUGCAGAAGAUUUAUAUCCGAGGCCUGAAAUGUUCAUAUUGUCAAAAGGGCAGCCUCUAAAACAAGCUACAACAGAGAUCAAGAUGGACUCGUGGGGUCUAUACACAGUGAGUACCACCGCCGUGGUACACGACGAUGACGUCACCAGCCCGUGGGAGGAGUUCGUGUGCACCCUCAGCCUGCCUCCAGCCAACUACAGCACCAAUAGGACCACUAUCUACUAUCCUGGCCUGAUGCCAACAGCGUACAUAGCCGCUGUCGAAAUGGAAAAACAUCAAGAACGCCAGGCGAAUAAUAGAGGAACUCUCCCGUGUCAUACAUCACUCGUGCUUUACCUGCUAGUAAUUAUAACUUCGAUAUUUAAAUAUAUGUAACAUGCGUUGUUUUAUCAGAUAUAACUUUGAUUGUUAUUUUCCGACACUGAUUGCAUCACUGAUUGAUUGAAUCGAAAUUUACAUUAACAUUGCGUUAUAAUAAUUGUUUGUUUUUAAAAUGGGUUAUUUUUAUUUUCAUGUUUUUGAACAAAAUGAAAUAGGUAUUUAGAUGGCACAAAAUUAGCUAACUGCCUUCUUUCCUAAACACGUUUCAACUUCUCAUUACUGAGUUUUAUUUUCACUGGCUCAAAGUAAUUGCGAUGUCUUUUUGUAAAAGACAAAAUACAGCUAUUUGUAAUUUCCACGUUGUAAUUAAGUGUUAGUGUACAUAAUAACUUACAAAAGUGUUAAAUCUAAUUGGAGUUUUUCAAAAUCUGUGAUAAGUAAUGUAAAAUUAUUUUAUUCUGUAUUUUAUCUAGAUAAAAUCGUAACUUUGGUAAAUGAGGACCAAUAAUUGGUUCGAUUUGGUGUGCUAAAUACUAAAUGUGGUUUAUGUUUUGAA